CCUUAAUUAGUAUAGCAAAGAUAGCCAUGGCCAGGAGCUUCAACUUAUUUGUGCCGGUGCUGCUCACCUUCACCUGCCUUUUCUGCUUGUUGUGCUUCUACUUCGUGAUCUCUUCUUCUUCCCAGGCUUCGUCCAAUGGCUUCCUCCAGUGCCUCUCCGACAGCCGCAUCCCGGUGUUGACGCAAAACUCUUGUUCGUUCAAGCGACAGCUCGAAGCCUACAUCAGGAACCCAAAGUUCAUGGCGAAUACCAACGUGAAGCCACUCUACAUCGUCAUGCCGACGAACACCUCCCAUGUCCAAGGCACCGUGCGAUGUGGCAGGCAAUGCAAUAUGUCCAUCCGCGUGCGCAGCGGUGGGCACGACUACGAGGGUCUGUCGUACCGGUCCGUGCAUGCCAAGGACUUUGUCGUGCUCGACCUAUCACAGCUCCACAAAGUGAGCGUCGACAGCCACACGUCAACGGCGUGGGUGGAGUCCGGCGCGACCCUCGGCGAGCUCUACUACAAAGUCUGGAAGGCGAGCGACGUGUUGGGAUUCCCGGCUGGCUUGUGCCCGACCGUCGGUGUCGGAGGUCAUUUCAGCGGCGGCGGCUUCGGCAUGCUGAUGCGAAAGUACGGCCUGGCCAUCGACAACGUCAUCGAUGUCGAGCUCGUGGAUGCCAAGGGGAGGCUCCUGAACAAAACCUCCAUGGGGAGCGACGUGUUCUGGGCCAUCCGUGGCGGCGGCGGGGAGAGCUUCGGCAUCGUGCUAAAGUGGCAGGUGAAGCUUGUCCCCGUCCCGCGGACGGUCACCGUGUUCAACGUCUCGGUGUCCACUAGACAAGGCGCAGUGGACGUGGUCACCAAGUGGCAGCAAGUCGCGCCGACACUGCGGGACGACCUGUUCAUCAGGGUGCUCGUCCAGAAUCAGAGGGCAGACUUCCAGUCCUUGUUCCUCGGAACCUGCGACGUCCUCCUGCCAGUGAUGAGUGACCACUUCCCUGAGCUCAAGUUCAACCGCUCCGACUGCAAAGAGAUGACAUGGAUCCAAUCUGUGCCCUACAUCUACCUCGGCAACAACUCGACCGUGGAGGACCUCCUGAACCGGACCUCCUCGGCGUUCGCCCAUAACAACGGUUUCAAGGCCAAGUCUGACUUCGUCCGACAGGCCAUUCCCCGGGACGUAUGGGCCAGUAUCUUCACCAAGCUCGCGCAGCCCGAGGCACACUAUGGGCUCAUGAUCCUGGAUCCCUACGGCGGGAAGAUCAGCGCCGUGCCAGAGUCAGCCACGCCGUUUCCCCACCGUGCCGGUGUGUUGUACAACAUCCAAUACAUCAACUACUGGAAUAUGGCUUCGGGGAACGGAACCGUGCAGACCAAGUGGAUCAGGGACAUGUACACGUUCAUGGCACCGUACGUGAGCUCCAACCCAAGGGAAGCCUACUUCAACUACAGGGACCUGGAUCUUGGCGAUAGCUUCGAGGUCUGGGGGCCCAAAUACUUCAAGCGUAACUACCCGAGGCUCGUCAUGGCCAAGGGUAUGAUCGACUACGAUGACUACUUCCACAACGAGCAAAGCAUCCCGUCACCAAAACAUGGCUACCUAAUGCAGAGGCCGGAGGCUCUUUCAUCCUCCUUUUGAAGUAUCGGCAAAAUGGCGCUGUCGUGGUUAAACGAUCUUGUUGUCGAUCGACAUGUUUUUCUUUCAUUUUCCGUAUGUGGUAGCUACUGUAUAUCUACAUUGUGCGUGUUGUAUCUUGAGAAAAUUUCAUUAAUAAAUCACACUCCCGAGUGAC